UUUGGGAAAAAUGGAAAAAGCAACAGGCAUGAAGUCUUUCUCCAUGGAUGCGGUGGCUAGAUAAGGAACAAACAGCGAUGGAUCUGCAUGUUUUUCUCCCUGAGGAGGAUUUCCAAAUGACAAUGGUGUCGAUGGAGGAAAAAACACAGCUUUUCUCGCAUUUCCAUUGAAAGUAAAUGGAGAAAGGAGCAAGUCGGGAGUCAUGAGCACAGGUGUGAAGAAGCCUCCGUUAGCUCCCAAACCUAAAAUCCCUUCGACCACCACCAAGCCCUCUCCCCCGCCCAUCGCCCCUAAACCGGGUCUGCUCCCUCAACCCUCCGUCGUCUCCCAGCCUUCCCCCGCCACUCUCAAGAGGUCAAAACCGGCUGUUGCCCCUAAACCAUGCAUCCCCAAAUCAUCCUCAGCCUCCUCUCCGCCUGUUUCACCCCCUCCUCCCAAACCCAGCGGACCCCUCAACCUCUCCCAGGAGCAGGAGGAGGCUUUAGACGACAACCUGUCGCUCCUCAACUCCAAAAAUGGGAUUUUAUCAGCUUCUAACAAACGUGAAUCAGACUACAUCAUCCCCACCUGCUCCUGUGGGCUUCAGGAGUGUUCUCAAUGUCGGCGCCUCGAAAACGGAAGUGUAACCGAGAUCGGGGGCGAUUUGCACAAAGGCCUGCUGCAGAACGGGAUUACCAAAGAAGGAUUUGCGGAGAAGUCGGAAAACCGGGAGAAAGGAGCGCAUGUGGAGAAGAAUGAAGGUGGAGGGAUAAGCAAAAAGCCAAGGGAUAAACCCCAAAGACAGAGACACUUGGAUCGGGGAUUGGGGAGUAAAGAGGCACAGGGGAAAGUUUCGGAUGCUGUCAAACAUCAGGAAAGAAGAAGUUCUGCUGCUGCUGAGCCUGAUGUCCCAAAACCUGAUCAAACCGAGGCCCCGAAUACAGAUUUACAAGACUCUACGUGGGCCUGUGAUGUUGCCGGCAGCAUCAUUCUCUCCCCGAGCAUCACCCUUCAUGAGCUCCAUCCUGCUGAAAACGCUCAGGAUGAAAGCGAUGAAGGGUCGCACAUAAGUUUACCGCCAGAUCUGCAGGUCCCCGCCGCCCCCAGUAAGCCUCUCCCUGUCCCUCAGCCACGUAAACUUAAAAAGCCGACCCUGGUGAGGCAGGAUGGCGUGGAGGGCGGCGUCCAGGAUCAGCAGCUGGCGGAGGAGCAAAAGCAGCGGGUUGAAUUGAGAGAGGCGGAGGGGAGCGUAGCUGGUUUGUCUCUUUGCUCAGAGGGCGAGGAGCUCCAAGAGGACACAUAUGAGAACGAGCCCGACGCACCCGUCCCUCCUCCUCGACAGACCUCCCUCUCGCCUCGCCUCCACAGAACACUCCACAUGUUCUCCCCGCUACACAAAAACACUUCCCACUCCUUAGACCUGCUCUCUCAACCCGAGUCGAUGAGCCGCAGCAAAGACGGCGAGGAGCAUCGGGCGGCGGCGGAGGAGGACAACGAGGAGGCCGGGUACGGCGAAUUCGAGCGCUACCCCAUCACUCACAGCCUCCCCAAGCAGAUCAAAUUCGGCUGCCACCCUCCUCUGGUCAACGCCAGGAAGGCCUUCUCCGCUGAGGACCAGCAUUCGAUGAGGGCGCCACCCAGAAAACCUCAAAGACACAGCCUGCCAGCGCCUCCUCCACCCUCCAUUUGCCCUCCUGCACCUCCACACGCAAACACACCCAUGAGAGAGCUGCCCGCACCCCCUCAGGAGAAAACAGCGUGGCGCUUCACCCGACCCUGCGUCACCUUCUUCAGCCGGCAGAUUCCCACCAGGAGCAGCGUGCCACCAAAGAGCAGAGCCCCUAUGCUGGGGGGCAAGCAGAGGGCGCAGUCCUUCUCUGCAGCUGAUCUGGCAACGCGGGCCGACUCCCAAAAGAGGAGCCUCUCUUUCCGGAAGCUGCUGGAGCUCCGGCUGUCUGUCAAGAUGCUGCCAAAGCUGCUGGCCAAGGGAGGGCAGUCCCUGGACUGUACCAGCGUGGAGUCUAACCGGGGGGAGAAAAGCCGAGAGAGGCCCAAUAGCUGCAUCGGGGAAGUUGAUUUCAGCGGAGAAGGUGGAGGGGGAUCAGUGGAGUAUGAGAACGUUCCUCUAUAUGAAGAGAUCCCCGAAUAUAUGAACCUGCCUUUUCACAGUGCGAGGCGAGGCUGGGCUGAUGGAGAGGAUUCAGACAUCUAUGAAGUGCAGGAUCCGUAUCACAGAUGCCAGGACGAUGAGUACGAGAGCGGCUGGCUGGGGCAGCACGUCCACUCCGAGGAGGAGGAGAUCCACAGCUCAGAUGAGGAGGACAACAGCUCCACCUCCAGCAAGGAGAACCUGGACGUGGUCGAUAAACAGCAAGAGGAUGAGAUGAAGAGGAAGAAGGUGGUGCACAUCGCCCAGGAGAUCAUGAGCUCGGAGAAAGUGUUUGUGGAUGUCCUGAAGCUUCUCCACAUAGACUUCAGGGAUGCUGUUGCCAAGGCAACCCGCCAGAAUGGGAAGCCGGUGGUGGACGAGAGGAUCCUCUGCCAGAUCCUGUAUUACCUGCCGCAGCUCUACCAGCUCAACAGAGACCUGCUGAGGGAGCUGGAGGACAGAGUGGCACACUGGAGCGAUCACCAGAGACUGUCAGACAUCUUUGUGCAGAAGGGUCCGUACCUGAAGAUGUACUCCACCUACAUUCGCCAGUUUGACAACAACGUGGCAUUAUUAGACGAACAGUGCAGGAAAAACCCAGCAUUCACCGCCAUCGUCCGAGAGUUUGAGAUGAGUCCAAGAUGUGCCAGUCUGGCUCUGAAACACUACCUGCUGAAACCAGUGCAGAGGAUCCCUCAGUACCAGCUGCUGCUCACAGAUUAUCUCAAGAAUCUUCCAGAGGACUCUGAGGAUUAUAAAGACACACAAGCUGCCCUCAGUAUAGUGAAGGAAGUGGCCAACCAUGCCAACGAUAUUAUGAAACAAGGGGAUAACUUUCAGAAGCUGAUGCAGAUUCAGUACAGCCUCAAUGGUCACCAUGAGAUUGUUCAGCCUGGCAGGGUGUUUCUGAAGGAAGGCACCUUAAUGAAGCUGUCGAGGAAAGUCAUGCAGCCACGGAUGUUCUUCCUGUUUAAUGAUGCUCUCAUGUACACCACUCCUGUCCAGUCUGCCCAGUAUAAACUCAACAGUGUCCUCUCUCUGGCUGGGAUGAAGGUGAGUAAGCCCAGCCAGGAGGCCUAUCAGAACGAGCUGAACAUUGAAAGUGUUGAACGUUCUUUCAUCUUGUCUGCCGGCUCGGCUACGGAGAGAGACGAAUGGUUAGAGGCCAUUGCUAAGGCCAUAGACGACUACACAAAGAAGAAAAUCACCUUCAUAUCAAGCCGCAGUCAGGAGGAGGCUGAGUGUGUUGUUGACAGCGGCGCUCCGUUGGGUUCAAAAGCUCCAAUCUGGAUACCAGACCUGAGAGCCACCAUGUGUAUGAUCUGCACCUGCGAGUUCACGCUCACCUGGAGGAGGCAUCACUGUCGCGCCUGUGGAAAGGUGGUGUGUCAGGCAUGCUCCACUAAUAAGUACUACCUGGAGUACUUGAAGAACCAGCCAGCACGUGUGUGUGACCACUGCUUCGCCAAGCUGCAGGAGAACAGUGAUCGUUGUGCCUCGACAUCAGUUUCUCCCAUCAAAUCUGGAGCUUUCUCCUUCACAAGAAAACAGAAGAAGAUUCCUGCUGCACUAAAAGAGGUGUCCGCCAACACAGAGAACUCCUCCAUGAGCGGCUACUUAAACAGGUCAAAAGGCAACAAGAAGCAGUGGAAGAGGCUGUGGUUUGUCAUUAAAAACAAAGUCCUGUACACCUACGCUGCCAGCGAGGAUGUUGCAGCGUUGGAGAGUCAACCUUUGCUGGGUUUUUUCCUGAGAGAGGAGAAGAACGGGCCGGCUCAGAAGCUGCAGUUCAAGCUGUACCAUAAAAACACGCUGUUUUACAUCUUUAAAGCUGACGACAUCCCCACAGCACAGAGAUGGAUCGAGGCCUUCCAAGAGGCGAUGAUUCUUGAACAGUAAUUCCCUUUUUUUUUUCUAUAGCAGUGAAGUCGUAUCACAGCCCCGGAGCCAGUUGAUAAGACAACUUACGACCCCUGACCUCAUGUCGAGGGGUCACCAGCUCAGGAAGGACUCCGGGAUGGACUGUUAACUUUUAACAUACUGUCUGUGGAAACCAAGACUGCGUUUUACCCCUCCUCACCCUCCUCAAAGAACUGGAUUCUUCUUCUGCUCUCUAAACAUAUUUCUGUCUACAAACGGCGACUGAUGCUCAGCAGUGCUGGUUGAGGUCAAGAGCUAAUAUGUGUGUCACAGCUGUGGGUCAAAGGUCAAGUCCAGAAGCAUGUGUGUGGAAGUGAGACAGAACAGUUGUCAAGGACCAUUUAAAUCCCAGGUAAUCCUACGACCUCUGAAGUCUGGGAGGGAUUUUUGUUUUGUUUAAAAAAAAAAAAAAAGUCAGACGAAUGAAGGAAUCACUUUUUUUUGUGAGUUAAAAUAUGCAAAUCUGUCCAGCUUCAUUCAAACAUGUCGAUAUCGGCUUCGUUUAAGACCUGCAGUGUCUAUUUGUAUAGCAAAAAAUCUACAAAAAACACACACACACAAAAUGGUAAGAUGUUUCAACUGAAUCAUGGGUGCAAAGUAUCGCUGACGUUUGUCCAUGGAUUGAAUGAUGAAGGUGGGAUCUUACUGUGAAAAACAAAGGCUUCCUCUACAAAGAAACACAAAGGUUGGAUGUUCUGCUCUUUUCGGUUGAUCUCUCUGGUUUAGAGAUUUUUUUCUUUCUUUCUAUUUUUUAGACUUUAAAAAAAAUACCAAAACAUUUUAAGUCGUGAGUUAAAAAAACAAA